ACAAUACAAAUGUUCCAUGCCAACUACAGCCUUAUUUGAGUGGACCGAAUAUAAUAUGGAAAUUACAGGAAAACAAAAGCGUCAUACACUUUCUUACGGUGCAUGCGUGCAUUAUAAAUAAAUAUUGCCAUGUACAAAAGAGGGUUUGUCUCUUCACAGUGCACACGAGUCGCUGACAGUGAGGUACUCAGGUGAACGUCUAGUUGAUUAAAAACCGAAAGGAAAAUUACAGUGGUACGAUGCGAGAAAUAGUUCAUCUUCAAGCCGGUCAAUGUGGUAACCAAAUCGGAGCGAAGUUUUGGGAGGUCAUCUCUGACGAACACGGCGUUGAUCCGACUGGUGCUUAUCAAGGAGACUCCGACCUUCAACUUGAAAGGAUAAGUGUUUAUUACAACGAAGCUGCCGGUGGAAAAUAUGUCCCUCGAGCAGUUUUGGUGGAUUUGGAACCGGGAACGAUGGACUCAGUACGUUCUGGACCGUUCGGACAAAUAUUUAAACCAGAUAAUUUCGUUUUUGGUCAGAGUGGGGCAGGUAAUAAUUGGGCUAAAGGACAUUACACAGAAGGAGCAGAGCUCGUGGACUCUGUCUUAGAUGUUGUCAGAAAGGAAUCUGAAGGUUGUGAUUGUCUGCAGGGAUUUCAACUUACACAUUCCCUUGGUGGUGGUACAGGUUCCGGUAUGGGUACCUUACUUAUCUCAAAAAUCCGUGAAGAAUAUCCGGACAGAAUAAUGACAACAUUUAGUGUGGUACCUUCACCCAAAGUGUCAGAUACUGUUGUUGAACCGUACAAUGCAACCUUGUCUGUUCAUCAACUGGUUGAAAAUACAGAUGAAUCUUUUUGUAUUGAUAAUGAAGCUUUAUAUGAUAUCUGCUUCCGUACUCUUAAGUUAACUACCCCUACAUAUGGUGAUUUGAACCAUUUGGUUUCAGCUACCAUGAGUGGUAUUACCACUUCCCUAAGAUUUCCUGGUCAGUUGAAUGCCGACUUGAGAAAAUUAGCUGUAAAUAUGGUCCCAUUCCCUCGACUUCACUUCUUCAUGCCUGGUUUUGCACCUCUCACAAGUCGUGGCUCUCAACAAUACAGAGCUCUCACUGUCCCCGAACUCACUCAACAGAUGUUUGAUGCAAAGAACAUGAUGGCUGCUUGUGAUCCACGUCAUGGACGCUACCUUACUGUUGCUGCAUUGUUCCGUGGUAGAAUGUCCAUGAAGGAAGUUGAUGAGCAAAUGUUAAAUGUCCAGAACAAGAACAGCUCAUACUUUGUUGAAUGGAUUCCUAACAACGUGAAAACAGCUGUCUGUGAUAUUCCACCAAGAGGCUUAAAGAUGUCAGGCACCUUUAUUGGCAACAGCACUGCUAUCCAAGAAUUGUUCAAGAGAAUCAGUGAACAAUUCACUGCUAUGUUCCGUCGCAAAGCUUUCCUUCAUUGGUACACUGGAGAAGGCAUGGACGAAAUGGAGUUCACAGAGGCUGAGUCCAACAUGAAUGACCUAGUGUCAGAAUAUCAACAAUACCAAGAAGCCACAGCCGAAGAGGAAGGAGAAUUUGAAGAAGAGGAAGGCGAAGAAGAGGAAGUAGAAUAAGAAUAUACUUCAAAAUGAAUAUAAAUUAACAUGAUUGAAUUUGUUGUAAAUGUUAUUUUUGUACUUCAACCUUUGUGCUUUAAGUGAUGUUUCUUAACAAGAAAUUAAUUACUAAUCUCUCA